AUGCGGCGGCAGCCCUUCUCCCGGCACGAUGGCUUCUUCGCCUCACUUCAGCGGGUGGAGGACCGGCUGGCCUCCGAGCAGCAUCAGGGGCAGGAGCAGGACCCGUCGCCGGCGCCGCCGGCGACGGCAUGCCAACCCGAGCCGGCGCCGUUCUCGGGCACCACGACGACCGCGUCCCUGCUGCUGCUCCUCGACACAGCACCGCCCAGCGUGGCCGCCAGCGGCGACAGCAGCGGCCCAGCGCUGGAUUUCCUCACCGCCCUCACCGAACAGGACGCGCGCGUCCAGCUUCAGCAGGACGACGACGACGAUGACAAUGGCGGCGGCGGUGUCGAGGAGGACAUUGCGCGGCUAAUGGCGCUGCUAGGCCUGUCGCCCCCGCCACCGGACGGAGAUGACGGCUGCGACGCUGACGGCAGCACGGGCGGGUGCGACUGCAGCGGCGCCGACGGGUUCCUGGCCAAGGUCGUCGGCGUGGCCGGCCCCAAGUGCGACGGGGAGAAGCGGAGGCUGGACGCCUGGAUCCGCCAUUAUUACCACUGCGGGGAAGGCGGCGGGUGCCGGGUCAGGGAGCCCGCGAGGCUGGUGCACCUGCUGCUCGCCAGGGCCUCCAGCGACGCGGCGGCCGUCGCAGCCCCGGCCACCGUGGUGGACUUUCUUGAACGCGAUCCAAAAUAGGGGAACAUGUGUAAAAUAUCGAUCCGGAACUUCUGAAUAUGCCCCUGAUUUGGAUCGCGAUGAAUAGUCCCCAUCUAAAAUAGGGAUUUAUGUGUAAAAUUUUGAUCGGUUUUUGCAAUAUACUCCCUCUGUCCUGAAAUGUCGGAUAUUCUAAGUUUAAAUUUUGUACUAAAAUGUAAAGUAUUUUAGGCUGAGAGUGGAUCGAACCAUUUUAA